AUGUCUCGGCCUCAAGUGUUUUUUGACAUGUCUAUUGAUGGUAGAAAUGCUGGACGUAUUGUUAUGGAAUUGUUUGCUGAUAUUGUUCCAAAGACAUCGGAGAACUUUCGCGCAUUGUGUACUGGCGAACGAGGAGUGGGGAAGUUUGGCAAACCACUGCAUUAUAAAGGUUCGAAAAUUCAUCGUGUCAUACCGAAUUUUAUGCUUCAAGGCGGAGAUUUCACUCGUGGUAAUGGCACAGGUGGAGAAUCAGUUUAUGGCGAGAAGUUUGCUGAUGAAAACUUCAUUGAAAAGCACACAGGACCGGGAGUUCUCUCUAUGGCUAAUGCGGGGCCAAAUACCAACGGUUCUCAAUUUUUCAUCUGUACAGCCAAGACUGACUGGUUAGACGGUAAGCACGUUGUUUUCGGCCGCGUAACUGAAGGUAUGGACGUUGUGCGGGCUAUUGAAGCGAAGGGGUCUCAAAGUGGGAAGACUACUGCAGAAAUCAUUAUCACAAACUGCGGACAACUCCGGUGA